CUCUGAAACCGGGAACCAAAAUGGUAACACGUCAAAAAAUGUAAAUAAUGAUUUUCUUUAAUAUUUUUAUGCAGACGCCGGGAACAGUUCUUCAAAAAUAGCACUGGAGGGUCAUAUGGCCAGGUACAUGUAAUGGUUAAUCGUCAAACAUACCAAUUCAACCAAAAUACCAAAUCAAUACUAUGAUUGACGCUAUGACGUGAAAUAAAUUAUAAUCUACAUUUACUCAGAUGAUAAGAAAAUAUCAUGCUUGGAGACUGAUCACAAUUUCAAAUGUAUUAUGGUUACUAUGGUUACUAUAGAGAGAGAUGCUCCUCCGUGCAUUAUUGCAGGCUCAAGCAGAAUCUACCUUCGCCUGCCACAAUGCAGCAAUCUGAAGGAUAUGAUGACUUUGAAGCAGUGGAUGGUUCUCUCGUGCAGUGUGUUCUUCAUUAUAAUUCUAGUCAUUCUAUUUAUACAUUCCUUCUACCUAGAUGACAGUGAUGUCUCGUCUUCUACUCAACAUUUUCUACCCACCGGAAACUAUAAAGCUGGCAAAACAUUUUUUAAUUACGGUCCAGAUGUACAUUAUGGGAUUGUUCUAGAUUGUGGUAGCAGUGGUACAAGGGUUUAUGUCUAUGUCUGGCCGCCACAUUCAGGAAAUCCGAAAGAUUUACUCAAUAUACAACAGCUCAAGGAUAGUCAUAAUCAACCAGUGGUUAAAAAAAUCUCACCAGGUUUGGAUACCUUUGAAAAUCACCCUGAAGAUGCCAGCGAAUAUCUUCAACCCUUGUUAGAGUUUGCCAGUUCACAUAUACCAAAGAAACAACACAAAGAGACAUUACUGUACAUACUUGCUACGGCUGGAAUGAGACUGUUACCUGAAGAUUCACAGAAAGCUAUUUUACAAGAUUUACAAAAGGAUAUACCCAAACAGUUUGAUUUUAUAGUGGCUGAGAACAACUUUGAAGUAAUAACGGGUAAACAGGAGGGAGUUUAUGCUUGGAUUGCUGCCAACUAUGUCUUACAAAAGUUCAGCCAUGGAGAUGAUGAUCACCCAUUGGUUGCUGUGGAUAUUCCUGGUGAAAAUGGGCAGGUCAGACAACAUGUUAGGCGGAGAACUGUUGGCAUGAUUGACAUGGGAGGCGGAUCUAUGCAAAUUGCCUAUGAAUUAACAGCAAAUAUUGAUUCUGUACCAAAGCAUUUGAUAGCUGAAUUUAAUUUAGGAUGUUUGAAUUCAGAUGUUGACCACACAUACAGAGUUUAUGUAACAACUUUCUUAGGUUAUGGUGCUAAUGAAGCAAGAGAUAGGUAUGAAGAAAUGCUAGUAUCCAAAAUAAAACAAAAUGCAAACGUAAGAUUGAAAAGAGCUGCUGUUUAUAAUGAUGACGUAAGGAGAUCACAAGUUACUAUUAGACCCUCGCUUGGCAAACAUGAAAUUAUAGCCCAACAGUUAUUUAACAAAUCAUUGGAACAUGUUGUAAAAUCAUCAGAGAGACGGGAUCAACUGCCAGUUAAAAGUCAGCCAGCCCAACAAGUGCUUCCACCAGCUCUAGAUCCAUACCAGAACAUCCCAGAUCCUUGCUUACAGCCAGGCUUAGUUCUGACGUCGAAAGACAUUUCAAUUGACGGCAAAAAAGUGACAUUCUCAGGGACUGGCGAUUAUCACAGAUGUCAAGAAGCUCUUAUGCCACUCCUGAAUCUCUCUCAGGCAUGUAAUAUGGCACCAUGUUCAAUGAAUGGCGUCCAUCAACCAAAGAUCUCGUUCAGUAAUAGUGAGUUUUACGGGUUUGCAGAAUUAUGGUACACCAUGGAAGAUGUGUUUAGAAUUGGAGGCCAGUAUGAACAUGAUGUCUUUGAUGCUCAGGCAACAGAUUUUUGCGAGAAGAGAUGGUCUUUGUUGCAAGAUAGAUACUCCAAGGGGCUGUACAAGAAAGCUGCUGAACAUAGAUUUAGAAUGCAGUGUUUUAAGUCAGCCUGGAUGACAACGGUGUUACAUAAAGGUCUCAAGUUUCCUAAAACCUACAGGAAUCUAGUCUCUGUACAAUAUGUGAACAAUAGAGAUGUACAAUGGACACUAGGAGCCCUCAUUCACAGAACUAGAUAUUUACCACUAAGGGAAAUUGAGGGUUACGGGAUGUCGGAUUUCAAGCCUAGCUGGUUAUCAUCAUCACAUAUCAUAUACAACGAAUAUCUGUUACUCGUUUGUUUUGCCGUGGUUGCCAUGGCGAUAUGUAUUUAUGUCAGACGUUUGAAACUGUGUUCACCAAAGCUGCCAAUAUCAGACAUGAGUCGUGUGCCGUCGAUGUCGUAUUUUAUGACAGAGAUGGAUCAAGUUGAGCAAGGGGUGCGACUGAUGAACAAUUAUAAUUAUCCUUAAAGCUGUAUUUCCCAUAUUAACCCUUAUCACCCUAAAUAUCUCAAAUGGAUUUGUGUUAUCUUUCAAUCUGGACAAAACCAUUUAUCAUUUUCGGGUAAAAUUUCAAAAACGUAUUGACUGCAUAGCAAACAUUGUGUAUAUUUAUGGGAAGGCAUGGAAGUGCAAGUUUAUUUUGGUGGCAUGAGUAAAAUCAACUGCUGCCAGCAGGCUAAUGAUAACUAUAGUAAUUCAUAUAGUAAAUUGAAGGGUAAUAACUAGAUGCUCAAGUUUCUUCACAUACUUGUACAUGUUGAGGUAGUUUGAUUAAACAGAGCAGAAAAUAAGAAUCAUCUAGUCUUCUCACUAUAGAUUUAGCAUCAAGGUUAUAAAACAUUUUUCUGAGGUUUGUCUGGAAUCGCAGGAUUUUGUGUCGGUUUCUGACCAAUCAAAGACUUGACAUCUGAGUUUGAGCUAAGAAAGUUUCUUUAUAACCUCGUACAUAAGGAUACAAUAGACUGGGAAUUCUGAGACGUUCUUUCUCCUUAAGUCGACCGCUAUUAUAAUGUAUAUCCAGGUUAGGGCAGGAACGACUUCAUAUAAAAAUUUUGAAAAAUCAUGUUUAAGAAAUGAUUUAUUAAAUAAUAAAGGAUUUUAUAAAGAAUCUCAAUCCUAGUGAUUGGUAGAUACGUCAGAUAUGACAAAACUUACACAUUUUUAUCAUCAUAUUUUUAUCCCAUUACUAAUGGAGUAAAGCUGAAUAAUGGCAUUGGCAAUUUUUACACUUUUUUACACAUUGUAAGUAAUAUUUGAGGAUGUAUGUAGCCUUACAGCAGGUUUAAUCACUAUAUUUUGAACACUCAACAACGUUUUUUCAUGUUUUCAUGCAUUUUCAUGAAUGAAUUAAGGAUUUUUUUCUCUUGAAAGCACUCUUUCUAUAUAAAGCCAAUUAAGAUAUCACUAAAUUCAGGUUUUCUGACAUUUUGAACUUGCUCCCAUGUACUCGGACCAAUUAUUUAAAUUUUCAUGAAAGUGUGAAUCUGAUUUAGAUUGCUGGCAUCAAUUCUGGACAAUUUGUUCACUUACAGUAUUUGGUAUUUAUUUAAUUUUGAAGUAGUGAAUUGUCAAGUGAUUUUUUGAUGUUUUAGAAUAUCUCAAAACACUCAUAUUUGGUCUGUUAUAGUGACUGAAAAGCAGUGAAAUGAGCAUUAUUUUCACAAGAUUAUUAUUGUGAAUUGUACAGCUUUUAUUUUGUAUAUUAUCAUGUGAAUGAACUAUAUCAGCCAAUAUACAAUAUACAGCAUUCUGACACUUGCCUUAUUACAUGUUGUUUAAAUGUUAAGUGUCUUAUAUUGAUGCUAUCAAUUUCGGUCAGUGUCAUAUUUUGCUAAUGUCAUAUUCAGCUAGUGUUACAUUUUGUUGAGGCCCUUUUUUUGGCUAGUGUCAUAUUUGGUCAAGUUUACAUUUUGUUAAUGUCACAUUUGGCCAAAGUAACAUUUAGUUAAUGUCAUAUUUAUUUGUUGAUGUUGUUCUACUUGUUUAAAUUAAAUUAAAUUAUCAUGUGGUGAACAGAAAUUUGCCAGUGUCACAGUUUUUUUUGUAAUUAAUUUAUAUUGUCACUUCCAUUUGUGAUAAAAGAAGGAUAAUUUUUAUGCCCACCUAUGCAUUUACAUGUAUUACCAAAGGAUGGCAUAGUAUGUCAAUUCUGUAGCCAAAAUCUUUACUUCUGCUGAACCAAAAGUUAAUGUAAGGUGGCUUAAGAUGUUUUAAUGUUUUUUGUUGUUUCAUUAGAGAAAAUAAUAAACAUUUAUAUU